GUUUCAUCGUUCGACAACCCCUCUUAGGAGUAAUAGAGUUUGUUUUAUGGGAUAAUCGUUAGUAUUGUACGUUCUACAAUACAAAUCAUUCAGUAGAUCUUACUGUUAUACAAGUUGUAAACAAAAAAAUAAACUUAAUACUGCAAAACAAUGAUAUUUUGGUUUUCGAAUUAAAAUUACCUCUUCUUUAGAAACAGUAUAUCGUUUUUGUAGACAUAUCUGUUUUAAGAUUACAACUUACUUAAGAGAUGUCGUCAUACAAACGUCAUAUAAGUCAGUUUAGUCAUUUUAUUGCUAGUUGCCAUUGCAGUUGUCAAAGGACUUCUAUGUUUUUUUAUACAGUUAUAAUAAUUAUCCUUUUAAAACAGUUUUUAUGAAUAUAAUUCAAUGUGUUCUAUUGAACGUAACGUUUUUAUAAAGUUCCGCUAUAUAUUUUAGUGAAUAAUGUUACAAUGCAAUUAUGUUAAUUGAGUAUUUACCUACAUUAUGGGAUCAAGAAUAAGGGAGAACGUUAGACAUUUCUUUGAAUGUUUUUGCGAAGUUGUACCCCCAACUGGUGAUACUGAUGCAUGGAUUAUACAACAAUUUCCUGAAACAUACAAGGACACAGAAGUAUUAAAAUCCGUACCAAAAUUUGCUUAUCCAUAUAAAUUUGAAAAUGAUGUGAUACAGCACUAUUCAUUUGUACUAACCGAUCAGGAAUCAAAGUGGACUUUUGGAUUUUGUAGACAUGAUCCCAAAUCAGAAACUGCGAUCGUGGUCUUGAGCUCUUUACCAUGGCAUCAAGGAUUUUAUAAAUUUCUAGAUACAACUGCAGUAUUAAUGCAUAGUUCGAGAACGGAAGAUCUCAGGGAAUUCUUAACAGCAGUAUACAAUGCCAAAAUUGCCGAACCUGGACGAAAGUUCAUAGUUCCAUUCAAUAAAGGAGAAAGUACCUUCACUGUAGAUGUACCAAGACCUUUUCAAUUACCGAGUAUACCUGAAAAUAGAAACCUGACAGAAUAUUUUAAUGCUGUUGAUACUCAUACAAUGUCCGUAAUUUUUGCUUCCAUGCUAUUCGAAAGGAGGAUAAUAUUUAUUUCGAAAAAAUUAAAACGGUUAAGUGCUUGCGUACAAUCUGCCAAUGAUAUAAUAUAUCCCAUGAUUUGGCAACAUAUAUUUAUUCCAGUGUUGCCAAUGUCGCUAAUAGAUUAUCUAUUAGCGCCCAUGCCUUUUCUAAUCGGAGUGCCUGAAGAAGUAUUUAAGCAAGUUAGACGAAGUGAAAUAGGUGAUGUGGUUAUUCUAGAUACAGAUGCGAAUACAGUAGAAACCCCAUUUGAUGAUCUGAAUAGUCUUCCUACAGAAGUGGUAACAUCUUUAAGAAAACAAUUAAAAAACAAACAAUUAGGCGACGGCGUAUCAAGGGCGUUUUUAAGGGCUUUAGUUCAGUUAAUAGGAGGAUACAGAGAUGCAUUGAAAUUUCAACCUGGUCAAAAGGUAACAUUCGAUGAAGAAAGAUUUAUUGAAACUAGGUCACCAUCUUUACAACCAUUCCUACGGGAAAUGUUGCAACUACAAAUCUUUCAACAGUUUAUAGAAGAACGGUUGACGAUGUUAAACACUGGUCAAGGAUUCUCUGAUGAAUUCGAAUAUGAAAUCGAGGGUUAUUCAGCUAAAUCCGGUUCCAAACUCAAACAACAGUACAAAGAAUGGACUACAACGAUGAAGAAAGAAGGUACAGCAUUUUUCAAAAGUGUAAAAGAUAAGGCGAAUCCUGCAGUGAAAUCCGCAGUUAAAACAGUGAAAGAUGGCGGCAAAGGAGUGAAAAGUGCAUACAAAGGCUUACGGUCAAAAUUAAAAGAUAAUCAAGGACCACAUCAUUUAGAAAAUGGCAUCGAAAGAGGUGACAAACCUCGUUCUGCACCCAAUUCGCCUACUGGUAAACGAAGUACAAUUCCAGGAUUUAGUGCACCUGUAACGACGUACCGUAAAGAUGCAGCUUUAGCUCUAAAAAAUUCAGCUAUGCAAAGGUCUUAUAGCCCACUUAGUCCUAGUUCCCAACCUUUAUCGCCCGAUGUUAUAGAUAGUCCACGAAGUGGUAGUCCUGUAGAAAUACCUCAAAUUGAUUUAAUGAAUGAAAUGGAAGAUUUAUUGCAAUUACGACUUGAUACGCCACCUGUUGAUAGAUCUCAAAACCAAGAGACUGAAGACUUGAUCAGACUGGAUUCUGCAUCAGAUAUCGAUGAUUUUGAUCCUUUAUCAACUAAAUCUACUCCUAAUAAAAGCAAACUUCCGUUAACAAUAUCAAAUCCUCUGUAUACGUACGAGAACAAUAGUAUUAAACAAAAUGGAGGCAUCUCAAAUUCUACUUUCAAACAACAGCAAGUAACAAAUAGAGAGAUUCAAAACGAUCAAGAUUUACUUCAGGAGUAUGGUUUGAACUUCAAUUUUUCCAGUAUACAGAAUCAAAACAGUUUUGAUUCGUUCGGUACCAGUAGUAAAGUUAACGUGAAGAGUCAGUGGACAAAAUUUGAUUGAAAGUGAUAUUGUCAAAGGGCCUUUAGCUUUAAACGCCUUUUUAUCAAAUUGAAAUCUAUUUUAAACUUUGCUUAUACAGCUUUGUUUAUUUUGGAAAUUGAAAAGGAUGCAAAAACAUAUUUAUUGAUAAAAUAUUCAACUUAUAUAGUUUUAAUAAAAUAAAUUUAAUUGUGAUGCUAUAAAGUUUUUUAAGCACAUUUUUAUUUGCAAUAAUGCUUUCUAUUGAUUUUUGUUUUGUAGUUAUUUAUUUUAACCAUGCUAUGUUAUCCUAAUUAUCAUGCAAUCCGAAAAGUGCUCAUUUACCAUUUAGUACGAAUAGUGUUUUAUGUACUUACUAGUUGCUUUAUAAUUAGUAUUACAUAACUAAUAGUCUAUGAGGAAUGCGGUUGAAGUUCACAUUAAAAACACCUUUUAACAAAUAUAGCAUUAGUCUAUUGGGAACUUCCAGUGCCCCGACGGUUAAAUUUGAAACUUGUACAUGCUAAUACAAACAAUAAAAAAAAACAACGCAGCUUCAAUAAUCAGAUCUAAAAUAUUUAUUUAUAUUUUUCUGAAUUUUGAAUUGAUUUUUUCUCGGACAUUCAAGCCAGGCUUACUGAACACUGUUAACUGCUACUAUACUCAAAAUUACUUCAAAUUAACAAUUCAUGAAUGAAAAGUAGAUGAUCUUUUCUUCCUUGUCCAUGUAUUAUAGGUGUGAGAAUACCAUGUCGAAUCAAUAAAAUAAAUUAAUGAUUUAAUUCCUUGAAUGAUCAAAAUUGGAAGAGUCCAAAAGAGCACUAAAAAGUGAAAAGCUAUGAACUAAGAAUUGAAUCAUGAAUAUCGAUGGGAAAUGCUCUAGUUCACACGUAUUAAAAUUUAUAAAGUUGAAAGGUGUACCGAUUUUACUGAAAUCGGAAUAGAAAUGAAUAAGAGGAGAUGGAUAUAAAUGUGUGAAAAUCUCUAUAUGUUAAUUGUAACCGUCUUAUUUAGAUUCAUAAUAAAGCAAUCAAAUAUAUGCAAUUAGGAUAAUGCUCCACAUUGUGCAAACUUAAGAUUUAUUGUGUCCCGUUUAUCUGAGUUGUUUUUUAUUUUUACAGCUGGUUUUCCAGUUUCAGUAGCUGGCUUUAAGGCAAGCCGCAAAUUGGGACAUGUAAAGCACGUGUGAGGUGACGCAGCACAGCACGUAGUUUUGUAAUUUACAAGAUUGAAUACAUUGAAGCAAAUUGACGACGCAGCGCGACCUGAGGUGUCCCGCUGUAGUUCAAACACAGUUUGCUAUGUCACACUUGUGGGUGACUAGCAAGUCUCAUUAAUUUUUUACGAAAAAAUUACAGUAGAAAAGUUAUUACAGGCAGUAAGAGAACAGAAAAUUUUAUGAUACAAAAAAUGGUGAUUAUAUGAAGACGAAACUGAAGAUUCGGAUUUGGGUUGCAUCGUCCGAUUCUGGUUCAAUAACAAUUGGUUUGAUUGUCAAAGUCAGACAUUUUUUGAUGCCGCCUAGUCGCGAACUGUCAAUCAAAUCCAAACCCCACUGCUCCCUAUUUAAAAACACGUGUCUCAAUAUGCGGAUCAGCAGUCAGCACAUGUAGCAUGUACGAGUUGUGUCACGCUACCUCACACGUGCUAUAUGUGUCUCAAUUUUUGCUUUUCCUUGAGGUUAGAUCUUCGUUUCUAUAGGUUUCUUGCCGAAAGUAUAUUUUAUUUAUGGUUGAAAUGGUGCAGCACUAAUUUAACCGGAAUUUCAUCUUCUCCUCCACAAAAUCUUUACUCUUAGUUUCUGCUAGACUUAAUAUCAGGUGUUUACCGAGGUAUACAGCAAGGAAGCUAUAUCUGGCAGUAGCAAAGAUUCAAAAUGGAACUUUUUGGAGUGAUCCAAUCCGGGAAGUGCUUCUCUGUCGGUUUCUUUUUUCUGAAACCCAUUCUGAUGCUAAUGAAGCAUUUAGUAAAUAAUUUCAAAACUCAAAUCAGAUUGAUGGACCUCGAUUUUGGACAUGUUUUUUGAUCAUCUUUAUUUUAGCAUGUUGAUAAAUUGGUUAUUACGGUAUAUGAAACUGUAUCGGAAUAAGCAUUUUGUGAUGAAAUAAUUGAAAUAUUUUAAGUAAAGAUAGAUGUUUUCAAUGAGUAAUUAUAGCCAAUUAUAAACUUCUGUUCGGGUAUGCAUUUUAAACAGACUUUCUUUGUACUAACAGUUUUAUUCGAAAGGAUUGUUUACCCUGUUAAAAUAUUUUCGUUUCGUUUAAUUAUAAGGAUGGUUUGGUUAAGUUGAUACCUUGCCGAAAAUUGUGUAAAUAAAUAGGAAUUUAUGUAUUUGAAAUUUUUUUACAAAACCAAGUGUCACGACUUCAGCAUGAGCUUAGUGUAAAAUUUUUAUCACACGAUAUACAAACAAUGGUUUAUUGUGGGCAAUUAUCACUAAUACUGUCAUUGACAACACAUGUAAUUGUGAUUUUUCAGCUAAUUACUCACUAAACAAUAUUUUUCCUUCCGUGUUAAGUUUUAUUAUUUUUAUUGUAAUGUCCAAAUGUCCAUGGUAACUUUUGUUUGUUCAAGUAAUGAAUUUUAUUUGAUUUGUUGGUAUUUAGUUUAAAUGAUGCGAGGUUAAGAGCGUUAGGGAAUUGAGAAGCUAUUUCUUUAAUCACAUAGUAGAUGCAUCAUGAGCAUUUGAUCUGUAACUGGUACACAGGCUGAACUCACUGCUUACACUACCACUACAUCAACACUUACAAUUACAUUGUCUGACGCGCGUUUCGAUAACCAAGUUAUUGUCUUCAGGGACUGAGGGUAAACGGUCUCUGAAGACGAUAACUUGGUUAUAGAAACGUGCAUCAGAUAGACUAAUUGUAAGUGGUGGUGUAAACAGUGUGUUCAGUAUGAAUAUCGUCAAUGGUACCAAAAAGUCCAACUUAGUUGGUACAAAUAGACCUAAUAGGCUGUCAAGAGGUACACCUAGUAUCAGUUUACUUUCAAAUGUGAAGAUACGUAUAUUUUCCAGCAGACGUUGUUAUCUCUGCAGAUAUAUUCUAUCAAAUAUUUAUAUAUUCAGGAAUACAGAUCAUUUUCUUUGUUCCACACUCUCAUUUGUUUUCAUUUACAUUUGUACAGAUAAAGACUUUAUCUGCUAAUUAAAAACAUUAUUGGAUUAUUGAAACUUGUCUCAUGAAAAAGAUUAUUUUCUAUUACACUGUUAAUUACUGAACCAAAAGUUUCUUUAUCGUCUUCAGUGAUCGCAGGUAAAUUGUAGGUCUCUGAAGAGCAUAAAUUUUUAUAGAAACGCGCGUCAAAUAGUGUAAUACUAUACUAAGUGCUGGGGUAGUGAUAUUAAACAGUGUGUUGUGAACACACAGUGUCAGAAAUUCAAACCUAAUAGUCUUUCAUGAUUGAUAGUACCAAUCUUCCAUAAUUUAGAAGCGAAUCUAAGCAAAGUUCAAAUUGAAUUUUGAAAUGAAAAAAUAUAUUUUUAAUUGUUAUUUAUAUACAAAGUUCAUUUAUUUAGUUUGUAAUUUUCAUUUAUUUUUAUCUUUGUUAUAUAUUUUCCAUUUUUGUGAAAAAAUUGUGAAUAUUUGGAGUGUAUAGUAUCCAAAAGUUAAGAAACAUUACAUUAUACAUAUUAAUGUAAUCCAUAUAAAUUGGCAUGAUACUGAUAUAAUUAAUUAGAAGUUUAUAAAACGAGAAUAAAACAUGCAUUUAUUGGUUUUAAACUCAUAGAGAUAAAGCGGCAUAUGACUGGAAUUGUACUAUUGGAAGAGAGAGAGAAAGAGCAUCAGUUUACCACACUCCGUAUCUCUUUCUACAAACCAUUAAAAUCGAAACUUUCUAUUAUCUUCCUUUGCCAUUUCCCCCACUUGAAAUUCUGAUGUCAUGGCGAUUCAAUCAGAAUAGAAUAGAGAUGAAUAGAGAAUUGAAUAUUGAUGCUCUUUCUCUCUCAGUACGUCGUGCCCAUCUAAACAAGUUCUCUCUCUCUCUUUAUUUUCAAUAUUAACUCUAUGUUUAAAAUACUUUAAGUCUUGAAAAGGCAUCGAAGACAUGAUAUAAAUAAAAGACGUUUCAUAUUAGAAAAAGCUUUAUAUUUCAAAUAUGAGGAGUGUUCAGAAAAUAAGAAAAAAUUUUUGAAAGCUGGAGACUUUUUUCAUAUUGGUCAUCAAGUAUAAUAAAAUUUGCUUUUUCCCUUGUUUUUAUGAGCUGGAUGAUUUUUAUUUGUUAUAAGCAUUGGAUGAAAUAGUUUGUAUUAAAUUUUUUGUACAAAUUCUAUGAAAUACUAACAUAAUUGAAAGAAUUUUACAAUUGUAUAAGGGUUUUAAAGAUCACUAUGAAGGCGCUAAAGAUGACAAACGUUAUAGCAUCUCAACAAUCGAUUAAAAAGUGAAAAAGUUUAGAAAUAGAUAUGAAUGAUAUCACAACCUCCAUAUUAGCUAGACGUGGCUCCGUUUAACUUUUUCUUAAAUACAAAAAUAAAGGGAAAUGUCGUUUUACGAGCAUAGACAAAAUUAAAAACCUAAGGUUGAAAAAGCUGAAGGUCCAGAAUUUGAAGAAGUACACAAGGGCAUAAUAUUGAAGGAGACAACAUUGAUGUAAACGAAUUAAGAUUCUUUUGAAAAAAACUAAUAGUUUCUUUAUUUUCUUAACACACCUUUUAUACUUUUUUAUUAAAUAUUUUUGUUCAUUGUAAAAAAUUGUAAAUCCAAAUUUGAGAAAAACUGACAAAAAAGGUACAUUAAAUUCCGCAUGAGUAUUGAAAGCAGUUAUACCAACUGAGAAUUUUAACCUUCAAUUUGGCUUUUAAGUGACCAAUUCUCUUUACUACAUGCGCCAUUUAAGAACGAUUUGCCUCUUUAAGGGGUAACGACACUGUAAAAACUUCAAAAAAUCAAUAUCUUUUUUAGCUGCAAUGGUAGGGAAUUAUGUUUAAAAUGGCGUCCUCAAAUGAGUUAUUACCAUCAGACUCUAGGUAUCCCACUUCUCCGAAAUGCUCACCUGCCUCCGAUAACCUUUAGCGAUUGUUACUACUAGUAAAUAGUACACACGGCUACCUAUGGGUGGCACUGGUAAGAUUAUGAACUGUCUUUGUGUUAGUUAGUCAAUUUGACUGGUACAUCACGCUUAUCGUCCCGUUUUCAAGUUUUAAACUCGAAAUCACUUUUUUUCAAUACCACCUCUACAAUUUUUCAUCCAAUUUUUAUCCGAUUGAUUUAAAACUUUGUCAGAAACUUUAUAACAUCAUUUUUAAGGGAACAACGUAGAUUUUGUUAAUAAAUUGAAAAAUUUUUGUUUUACAGCCGAUUUUUCAUGAUUUUUUUCGAACUUCCGGCAUUUUGUUAAAAUUUAAUAUUUUUUGAAACCUUCACGUGCUUUUCUUGCUUUUAGUUCUAACAUCAAGAAAAAACUUGAUUUUUAUGUUUCAGAUCUAUAAUUACGACGAAAAGUAGGUGAAUGUCGAGCCCUCAGAAAAAUUCUCUUAUGCAUGUAACUCUUUACUAACGCCAUUUUGUUUUUGAACGCUCUGCAAAAAUUAAUUUAAUUAUUUCAAGAUAUAUUUAAUAAAGUCAUCUAAUUAGAUUUUUCAUCUGCUAUAAAGUUUUGUUGAAAACAAAAUUCCAAAACUGAUCUUAAAAAACCAAGCUCUACAGUGGCGUUACCCCUUAAUUAACGAUACAAUGUAAUAUGUUUAUUAAUUUGUUAAAGUUUUUAAUUUGUUCAAUUUACUGAACUGUACAGUAUAUGUCUAUUAAUAUAAUUUUCUGCUAAUUUAAAUCUUAUUAAAUUUGAAUGAAGUGUAUAUGUAUAUUAUGAUGCUAUGUAAAGAUUUUAUUUUUAAUCAUUAAAAGUAUAAAUAACUAUGUACUAUAUCAUAAAAAACAGUCUAUUUAAUUCAAAUCUUGAAUUAAUUAUGAGACAUCCAUUAUACGAGUAUUUGAUAUGACCCUACGUAUUUAUAAAAAUCCAUUCUUAAUAUUUUAGUAAAAUUCAAUUUAUAUAUCAAAUGAAAAACACUGUUGUAAUUAAUUUUAAAAAUGUUAGAAUUAGCUGUGAUAUACUCAUAAAUUUUAAUUUUAUCUAUUUUAUUAAAAACUGACCGUGUGCUAACCCAGGACAUUCGUUUGUCUAAUUAGAUAAGAGUCCUAUAUCAGAUUACUCAUAUCUUACUAGAUACAAGAAUGUUGUAAAUUUUUCACACGAUCAGUAUACAAUGGUUUUGUUGAUUUGCACAGUAAUGUAUUAUCAAUUAUAUUAAAUUUAUAAAUUUGUUUAGUUCUUUUUUUUUAAUACAUGAUACAGGGUAAAUUUUGAAGAGUAUACAAUAAUUGCAAGGUUUUUGUUAAAGCAUAUGCACAAAAAAGAGGUAAGAAUGAUGAAACAAAUAACAACUUUAUUAACACAAAAAUACAAUAAAAUAUUAACUGAUCAAAAGUUAUAAAAUCUUCGAACAAAAUUUUAACCAAAACCUAACUCAAAAUCUUAACCUAAAAUUUUCAUAUAAAUCUAAAAUACAAAUAUAUAUAAUAAAAUGCUGUUUUACAAAUGAUUAUUUUAUAAAAGAUUAACAAUUUCCUGGUACGUAACUUCUCCCUCCUUAAAAUCUAAAAAUAAUGGAAUUGUUUUUUGGAUCCAAUUCAAUUUCUUCCAUCUUGUUUGGUUUUCCCUUCUUCAAGUUCUCUCUAUAACUUCUUGGGAAAUACAGGUUUAUUAAUGCAAUGGGGUCAAUUAUUAUUAUGGCCGAAAGAGUAAUAAGUAUUGUUUUUGGAAUUUCUAAUUCUUUAAUCAUUUUUAGGUUACCUGCUACUUUACUAAUAUCAUAAUUAUAGUCCUUUGAAGUCCAUUUGGUGAAUGGUACAGUUGAGCUUCUAAAAAUUUAAGAUUUUGGUAGUAUUAUGCAUUUGCCCUUGCGAAUUUGAAAACGUUUCUUCUCUUAUCUGGAUUCUGCAAUCUUUAGAAAUUUUAAUUAUCGAUGGUUGAGUUAUUUCAAAGUAUUCAUCUGACGUGUAUUUGGAUAGAACCUUUAUUGGAGGAUUUGGAAUAAUAAGAAUAUCUUAUUAUUCUCUCUAUCUUGGAGAUUUUUUUCGGUGGUAUAACAGUGUGUAGGCGAGUGACUGUCUAAUAAUUCUAAUGUACAAUUGUCUCAUUAUCUGAUUUCUUGAAGACAGUAGUAUUUGUCUUCUAAAAUUGGACAUACUACACAAAAACUCAAUUACAAUGUCUCAUGGGCGAAGAUUCUCUGGGUAGGAUGAAGAUUCCUUCUUGAAACUAUCAUAGAUACUGGAGUUCAUUAGAACUGUGAAACUAUAGAUGUCUGGAACAGCCUAGAUAGGGAGUCACAAUUACACGAUUUUUCAAUUGCCU